AUGUCCCAGGACUCAUACUACCUCGGGUUUGAUCUCUCGACACAGCAGCUGAAAUGCCUCGCAAUUAACCAAGAACUGAAAAUUGUCCAUUCAGAGACCGUUGAAUUCGAAAAAGACCUUCCCCACUACCGCACGAAAAAGGGUGUCUAUAUCCACGGCGAUGUCAUAGAGUGUCCCGUGGCCAUGUGGUUAGAGGCUCUAGACCUGGUUCUCUCGAAGUAUCGCAAAGCAGACUUCCCACUGGAGAAAGUUAAGGCCAUCUCUGGGUCAUGCCAGCAGCAUGGAUCUGUUUACUGGUCCUCUCAAGCUGAGGCCCUGCUGGACCAACUGAACGGGGAACCGGUAAACGAUUUACUGCACUACGUUAGUCCGGAGGCAUUUGCCAGACAAACAGCGCCCAAUUGGCAAGACCACAGUACCGCCAAGCAAUGUCAGGAGUUCGAACGGUGUGUUGACGGACCUGAAAAAAUGGCUCAAUUGACGGGAUCCAGAGCUCAUUUCAGAUUCACUGGGCCUCAAAUUCUUAAAAUUGCCCAGUUAGAGCCGGAAGCGUACGAAAAAACAAAGAUCAUCUCACUAGUAUCUAAUUUUUUAACUUCUGUCUUAGUAGGUCAUCUAGUCGGAUUGGAGGAGGCUGACGCCUGUGGCAUGAAUCUGUAUGACAUUCGCGAGAGAAAAUUCAGUGACGAGCUGCUACAUUUGAUUGACAAUUACUCCAAGGGCAAAUCGGUCAAACAGAAGCUAAUGGGAACGCCCACGAAAAGUAGGAUUGCAGGAACCAUCUGCAAAUAUUUUAUCAAAAGAUAUGGUUUCAACGCCAACUGUAAGGUUUCUCCCAUGACCGGUGACAAUUUAGCCACUAUAUGUUCAUUGCCCCUGAGGAAGAACGACGUGCUGAUUUCUCUGGGCACAAGCACUACUGUUCUUCUGGUCACCGACAAGUAUCAUCCCUCUCCAAACUAUCAUCUUUUCAUUCAUCCAACUCUACCAAACCAUUAUAUGGGCAUGAUCUGUUAUUGUAAUGGUUCCCUGGCAAGAGAGAAAAUAAGAGACCGAUUAAACAGGGAGGGUGCCAAUAAUGCAGAAAAUAGCAAUGACUGGACGCUUUUCAAUCAAGCUGUGUUAAAAGACUCGCAAGAAGAUGAUAACGAAUUAGGUGUAUACUUUCCCCUAGGAGAAAUCGUUCCCAGCGUCGAAGCCACAGAUAAGAGAGUGAUCUACAAUGCGAAAACAGGUCAUAUCGAAAAGGUAGUAGACAGGUUUGAAGAUGAGUGGCACGAUGCUAAAAAUAUUGUGGAGUCACAGGCUUUGAGUUGCAGGGUAAGAAUAUCUCCUUUGCUUUCGGAUUCAUACACCAGGUCGCAACAGAAUCUCAACGAAGACACAAUAGUCAAGUUCGACUAUGACGAAUCUCCCCUACGUGACUACCUAAAUAAAAGGCCAGAAAGAACUUUUUUUGUGGGCGGAGCCUCCAAGAACAAUGCCAUAGUGCAGAAAUUUGCCCAAGUCAUCGGCGCUAAGAAGGGUAAUUUUAGGUUAGAUACGCCAAAUUCAUGUGCUCUUGGUGGUUGUUAUAAGGCCAUGUGGUCAUUGCUGUACGAUUCCAACGAGAUCGCGGACCCAUUUGACAAAUUCCUGAAUGAGAAUUUCCCAUGGCAUGUAAUGGAAAACAUUUCCAAUGUUAACAGUGAAAGUUGGGACCACUAUAAUUCAAAGAUUGUCCCGUUAAGUGAAUUGGAGAAGACGCUCAUCUAA